UGUUGCAGCACCUUGGAAGCUAGACGAAUGUCGUGGAUACCUACACCGAGUUUCAACGGUCAAGUUAACGCAAACAUGAGGACAUCGGUAAACCCGCGCGAACUUUCCAUUGGGAUCGUUUUGAUGUGAAGAAUGAUGCGGCCCUGAGACUUCCCAUCCUUCUUCAACUCGCCUUCUCUGUUACUGUAUAUGGAUAUAGGCGCGUGUGUAUAAUACACACUAUACAGGCAUCGUGGUAUGUAUUAUACUCCUCCACCAUUCUUCCUCAGUCGCUACGGACCACUCACUUUCGAAGCCCUGAGGUUACCUACAGCCUGAGGAUCAAGAGGAUCGACCAGAUCGCGGGAUGACGAUCGAGGACUGGAGGGAAUGGAGAGAAGAAAGCGUUGACGUAUGGUGCUGCUAAAAACACCGCCAGCCUCAAGAGGCAAUAGUCCUUCUAGAAAAGGAUCUAGUCCUCAGGAAGGUCUCGGGGCGAGUCCGGAGGUUCCAAAAGGGAAGCAAACUCAAAAGCGUGGAAGAGGCAGCCGAGGCAGCAGUCCAGGAGAUCAAAGCACCGGAUCGCGAGGCAGCAGCCCUGGAAAGAGUCCCGUCUUCAAGGGAAAGUCGAAGACCACGCUGCCACGCUCACAAGGAAGCGAAACCGGCAGCAUAGAGAGACUGGAGGCAGGUGACAAGAGGGUGAUUGCUACCCACCAAUUACUACCCGAAGACAACAUAAACGUGGUGGUCAGGGUCCGACCACUGAGUAACAGGGAGAUUAAAUCUGGCGACGAAUCGGGCGUGCAAUUUCCUGGCAAUGGUCAAAUUCAUUGCGAUGGAAUACCCAACAGCGGUGACAAGAAGCCCAAAUUAUUCUCGUACAACGUCGUGUUCGAACCGGCGGCGUCACAGGAAGACAUUCUCCAGUAUUCCGGUGUUAAAAAACUCAUCGAAAUGGCCGUCGAAGGAUUCAGCUGCACGGCAUUUUGCUACGGGCAAACCGGUAGCGGAAAAACACACACUUUGACCGGGCCUCCGGGUUUGUUCAACGGGAAAAAUCCCUACUCCGAAGGUCACGGAUUGGUCUUUCGAUCGUUCGUCUACCUCUUCAAGAUACUACAAGAAAGACAGGAUUGCAAUUUCGUGCUCCGAGCGUCCUUUCUCGAAAUCUACAACGAAAAGGUUAUCGAUCUCCUGAAUCCUGGAACAAGUAGGAAACCUUUGGCGGUAAGAUGGAGCAAAAAAAUCCGAGGUUUUUUCGUCGAGAAUUUAUUCACCGUCGAGUGCGAAGAGCUUGACGAUUUAUUAGCCGUUUUGGAGGAAGGCAUGCGGAAUCGCUCCGUCGGCUCGCACAACAUGAACGAUCAUUCCAGCCGAAGCCACACCAUACUGACCGUCCACAUCACCUCGGAACAACAAAUGGAAAACGGAGUAUUUAUUUCCAAGCAAGGCAAGAUCAACUUUGUCGAUCUUGCGGGCAGCGAAAUGACGAAGAAAACACAGAGCGAGGGUAAAACUCUCGAGGAAGCUAACAACAUCAAUAAAAGCUUGAUGGUGCUAGGAUACUGCAUCGCUUCGUUAAGUGAUGGGAAAAAGAAAGCUGGACAUAUUCCUUAUCGGGAUAGCAAACUGACGAAACUACUUGCGGACAGUCUCGCCGGAAAUGGAGUUUCUCUUAUGAUCGCAUGCAUUUCUCCGGCGAGAUCUAACGCGAGCGAAACUAUAAAUACACUGCGCUACGCGGCGCGUGCUAAAAAAAUUCGCACCAAGCCGAUUAUCGUUAUGGAUCCCAGGGAAGCUUUGAUACUCAGCCUGAAACGAGAAGUCGGCGCUUUGCAAACAGAGAACGAUCACUUGAGGGUAGCGCUCAACUUAGGCGGGGAAUCCCCGAUCUUUGCGCGGGUCGAAUCCAAGGCUGGGGAAAGAAGACCGCUUCCAACACCGCCUCGAGUUGAUCUUGACAAAUUAGCGGAACUCGAGGGUCCGGAACUCGGCCAACUUGUUCGGGAUUACAUCACCGAGAACGAGGCUCUUCGACGGGAAAAUGCCGAGCUUUACGUCACCAGGGAACAAGUAAUGCGCGACCAGGAACAGGUCUGCAGGGAAAAUGAGAGGCUUUUGAAAAAACUUGAGGAUGUUAAUUCCGUCUGUUGUCGUUCGCCUAUUAUUCCGGCUCGGCCCAAUUACUCGGCGGAGUUGUCGAGUAGCGUUAACGGCGAUUACGUGCCUGGAGCUGCAAACGUCUGGACGAAUCCUAAUUCGGACCCUAAUCAAGCGACGUUUACGACUUCCAAGGACAAUACCGGUGGAGAAGUAACGUCUGGCGGCUCGGUUCGCGGAAUGCCUGAAAAAGUAUUGAAAGAAUUGGACAAGCGACGAAUCGGAGGAAGUUUUAAUAACAUCCUAGAGGCGUACAAGGACAAAAGUCAUCACAGGAGAAACAACUCUUGGGAUAAUGGAAAUGUGGCUAAUAGUCCGGAUCAAACCUCGUCUCCUGUCGACCCUAGCCAUAACAGAAAAGGUGCAACCCUGCGAAGAACGUCGACAGUGCCGGAAGAAAGGAGCUUAGCGAUGUCAAAUUUCGAUGAUAACCAUCCGCCGUUGAAGAGCCAUUCUUUGAACGACGACACUUCUACUCCAGACUCUGUUUUAAGUGGGCCGAUCCUGGAAGGUAACAAUUUGGCUCCGGGUACUGCUGAUUCCGUUGCUCCAACCGCGGCAUUUCCUGUUAUAGCUUCACGUACAUCAUCUCCAUUCACUUCCCCGGAAUUUGACGACGGUAUUGAAACUUCGAACGUUUCCUCGCGUGGAUCAAGACCGCGACAAGAAAUCCCUGGCUCGGCGGGUACUAAGGUCGCUAAUGGUUUGCCCGCACAUCGCGUUUUUGGGAGUCUCGUUUCGCUAGAUGGUGACGAUCCACAUUUUUUGUCUACCUCGCUAACUAAUAAGCAUUAGGUAUAGAAAGGAAGUUAUCCGCAUAACUUUAGUCGCAAUUUGGUACGAUAUUUUACUUGAACAGUAUAAAUUAUAUAACAUAUUUAAAAAGGGAUGAUAAUUAUGCAUAAAGAGUACUAUUUGUUUAUUUAUGUACUUAUUUGAAUGAUAUUGACAGGAUUGCGAAGAACGUAAGUUAUGACGAUAAAUUUACGUUUUUGGAUAAAACGAAUAAACAACUACUCUUCCAAAUCAAAUCGCAAUAUCUUCAAAAUAAAAUAAAAAUAUAUAUAUAAAAUCACACAGGCAAAUUAAAAUGGUAUUGACGCACUGAAUUCAGUUUGCGCAAACUUCAUUGUGAAGUUACUGCAAUUCGAGUUGGAACGAGAAGAAUAUUCUUCAGGCAGUGGAAAAAAACUGUAUACAAUGAAGUCUAAUGGGCAGGCUCAAACUUGACGAUAAUUAUGAAAUGUAUAUUAUAUUUUAGCGUCAUUUACCCACAUAUUAGAUAACUGAAUAUAACAUAGUGAGAGAGUAUAUUGAUUAUACCAUAAUUCUCAAACAGUGUGUUUUGCAACAAGAGAUAUUUUUACCCUGUGUGCAGAAGUACGUAUUAGUGGUAUGCUGUAAACCGAUGAAAUAAUUAAGGAAAUGGUAUAGCAGACCAUUUACCUCUAAUUUCUUACGUUUUAAAGAACGUAAAUGUAAAGCUAACCCGGUAGUUGACUAAUUAUUGUAAAAGAUUGAAUCGUUGAUAAUGGAGUGCGAUAUUUAUAAUACAGUGUAGGUGUAGCUUACAUACGUAAUUAAAAUGCAGAAGGUUUGUUGUGAAA